AUGAAGAAGGAGGAGGAAGACAAAAGGGGAGAAACUACUGAAAGAAAAGAGGACAAAAAAGGGAAAAGUCACAGCAGCUGGCCUUUCGUUUCCUCUCCAAACCCCGACACUGCUAGCACCUCUGUUCGUCCCCUCCGUCCAUCGCCGCCGUGCGAGGCACCUGUGCAAGCUUCAACUUCUGAGCCACCGCGGCCAGAAGCCAUUCCGCCUCCGGCCAAGCCCACGCCAAAGAAGCGCCAAGCCAAGCCGACAUUGCAAACGCCUCCGGCGAGGCGUUACCUUACCAGGUCAGGGGGCCGGCCCCUGCAAAAGCGAGCUAGAGUGGAAAGCUCAGAGCCCAUUGAUUUAACAAGGCAGUCCCCUGUUCCAUCCCCUGUUCCAUCUCCAGCUCCAUCUCCGGUGCCAUCUCUGACACCGCUUGCGAAGCCUCAAACAAGCCAGCCGCCGCCUCCUGAGCCACAAAUUCUAUCUGAGCCAGCUCUAGAAGCGAUAAUCAGCCUCCAAUGCUCACUCAGCCUCCAAUUCAAGGCAAUUUGGACUGCCGAGCUAGGCCAUUCCAUUCUGAGCUGUGUUUUGACACAGCUGCCUUUCAGUUGCGCCCAGAGCUUGAAGGAUCAUUUCAAUUGCUGCGAAGAUAUCAAAUGGAGCAGCUUCUGA